AACCAACAAUAAAAACAGAUUGAGUUGCUGCAUUGAAGUGAUUUCUCGAGUGCUGUGCAGAAAAUACACCUAAUUAAUUGCGGUCGUCUGUGCUGCCACCACUUUUUUAGAUCAAAAUCAAGCCCUGGCACCUGUUUGAGACUGUCUGUACUUAUACGUUUCUAACAGGAGCAACAGUGGACGCAGUUAUGCUUCAGCUGACACACAGCAGCUACUCAGUUGGUGAGUCACCGAAUCCUGUCUCUGAGACAAACUCCUUCGUCUCUCCGUCUCGUUUUCUCAGACAGGAAGUUUUUUUAUAUGGUUUUUUUUUUUUGAGUGGCACAAAAAAGGGACGCGAAAAAGACGGAGGGAAAAGUCAGCAAUGCCAAGAGCUGACACGGCUUUCUAAGUUUGUAACUGUGCUGUUUUGCCAUUUCACAGCAAAGUGCCUUCCAGGCUGAGCGCUCUUUGUUGUGCGACAUCAAACAUGUGAGAAAAUGCAUUCGCACUCCUUCAAUCCCUUUGUGACAGGUUCGGCUCGGCAGCUCCUUUAACCGUAUGUGCCACCAGAGACCACAUAAACCCUUACUGAAGACAAAUGGUGGGGAAAUGAAACAACCCAACGGAAGCUCUUCUAGGAAAACAUUAUAAACAAGUUUGUCCUGGUACGCAGAACAAGUUGAGCACCCUAUCGGACCUGGACCAACAGUACCGCACCCUGCGGAAGCUCUAUGAAAACUGCGAGGUCGUCAUGGGCAAUCUGGAGAUCACCAGCAUUGAUCGGAACCGCAAUCUCUCCUUUCUUAAGUCAAUCCGAGAGGUGACCGGCUACGUGUUGGUGGCUCUCAAUCAGUUUGAGUACCUCCCACUGGAGAAUCUGCGGAUCAUCCGGGGCACCAAGCUGUACGAGGGCCGCUACGCCCUCGCCAUCUUCCUCAACUACAGGCGGGACGGCUUCUACGGCCUGAGGCAGCUCGGUCUACGUAAUCUCACAGAGAUCCUGAACGGGGGUGUUUAUGUUGACCAGAACAAAUUCCUGUGUCAUGCCGACACCAUCCACUGGCAAGAUAUUAUCAAGAACCCCCAGGCUGAGCUGCUGGUGGUACCGUCCAACAACAGCAACAACGGAUGCAGACGCUGUCACCGCUCGUGUAACGGACGCUGCUGGGGCCCGCAGGAAAGCCAGUGUCAAACCUUGACAAAAACGGUAUGUGCAGAGCAGUGUGACGGCCGAUGCUUCGGGCCGUUCGUCAGCGACUGCUGCCACCGGGAAUGUGCCGGCGGCUGCUCCGGUCCCAAAGACACAGACUGCUUUGCUUGCACCAAUUUCAACGACAGCGGAGCAUGUGUGACCCAGUGCCCUCAGCCGUUUGUGUACAACCCCACAUCUUUCCAGUUAGAACACAACCCCAAAGCAAAGUACACCUACGGAGCCUUCUGUGUCAAGAAAUGUCCCCACAAUUUCGUGGUGGACCACAGCUCCUGUGUCCGAGCAUGUCCCAGCAACAAGAUGGAAGUUGAGGAGAACCGAAUCAAAAUGUGCAUCCCUUGCACUGACAUCUGCCCAAAAGUGUGCGAUGGCAUUGGGACGGGCAGCCUGCAAACGGCUCAAACAGUGGACGCCAGCAACAUCGAUAAAUUCAUAAACUGCACAAAAAUCAAUGGCAACCUCAUAUUUCUCAUAACAGGAAUUAAAGGGGACAUGUAUCAUGGCAUUGGACCGAUGGACCCUGAGCGUCUCAACGUUUUCCGCACUGUGAAGGAGAUCACAGGUUACCUGAACAUCCAGUCUUGGCCUGAAAACAUGACAGAUUUGAGUGUAUUUUCCAACCUGGCAACCAUUGGGGGACGAACCCUUUAUAGUGGAAGUGGUAUUUCUCUGCUGAUCCUGAAGCAGCGCUGGAUCUCCUCCCUCCAAUUCCAGUCUCUGAGCGAGAUUAGCGCAGGCAACGUUUACAUCUUCAACAACAGUCGCCUCUGCUUCUACAACACCGUCAACUGGACAACGCUCUUCAGGACCCAAAGCCAAAAAGUGCUCAUCCGCAACAACCAGGAGCCAAAAGAAUGCACUCAGCAACGAAUGGUCUGCGAUCGAAUGUGUUCAGAUGACGGAUGUUGGGGCCCAGGGACCGACCAGUGUCUCUCCUGCCGAUACUUCAAACGAGGCCGCACCUGCGUUGAGUCGUGCAACCUCUUCGAUGGGGAAGUGCGGGAGUUCACCAAUGGAUCUGUGUGCUUGGAGUGCGACAGCCAGUGUGAGAGGAUGGAUGGAAACAGCAUGACGUGCCUCGGCCCGGGCCCAGACCAAUGCGUAAAAUGCCUCCACUUCAAAGAUGGGCCCAACUGUGUGGAGAAAUGUCCCGACGGGUUGCAGGGCGCCAACAGCUUCAUCUUCAAAUAUGCCAAAGCCAACAACGAGUGUCACCCCUGCCACGCCAACUGCACCCAAGGGUGCAUCGGGCCAAGACUCCAAGAUUGCGUUGGAAUGAUGGACAGGACACCCCUGAUAGCAGCGGGCAUUAUCGGUGGUCUAUUUAUCAUCGUCAUUCUGGCACUCAGUGUUGCUGUUUAUGUUCGAAGGAAGAGCAUCAAAAAGAAAAGGGCCCUGCGGCGCUUCUUAGAGACGGAGCUGGUUGAGCCCCUGACUCCCAGUGGAACGGCACCAAACCAGGCUCAGCUGCGCAUCCUGAAGGAGACUGAGCUGAAGAGGGUCAAGAUUCUGGGUUCAGGAGCUUUUGGAACCGUCUACAAGGGCAUCUGGGUCCCAGAAGGUGAGACAGUGAAGAUCCCCGUUGCAAUAAAAAUCCUCAACGAGACCACCGGCCCGAAAGCCAAUGUGGAGUUCAUGGAUGAGGCCCUGAUCAUGGCUAGCAUGGAGCACCCCCACCUGGUUCGUCUUCUGGGCGUCUGCCUAAGUCCCACCAUCCAGCUGGUCACCCAGCUCAUGCCCCACGGCUGCCUCCUCGACUACGUUCACGAGCACAAGGACAACAUUGGAUCGCAGCUGUUGCUCAACUGGUGUGUCCAAAUUGCCAAGGGGAUGAUGUACCUGGAGGAAAGGAGGUUGGUCCACAGAGACCUGGCUGCUCGAAACGUGCUGGUGAAGUCUCCCAAUCACAUCAAGAUCACCGACUUUGGCUUGGCCCGAUUGCUGGACGCUGACGAGAAGGAGUACAAUGCGGAUGGCGGCAAGGUUGGUAUGCCCAUUAAGUGGAUGGCUCUGGAGUGCAUUCACUACAGGAAGUUCACUCAUCAGAGUGACGUGUGGAGCUACGGAGUGACUAUAUGGGAGCUGAUGACGUUUGGCGGCAAACCGUACGACGGUAUCCCCACGCGAGAAAUCCCAGACAUCCUGGAGAAAGGGGAGCGCCUGCCCCAGCCGCCCAUUUGCACCAUUGAUGUCUACAUGGUUAUGGUCAAAUGUUGGAUGAUUGAUGCAGACAGCCGGCCCAAGUUCAAGGAGCUGGCGGCCGAGUUCUGCAGAAUGGCACGUGACCCGCAGCGAUACCUGGUCAUCCAGGGAGAUGACCGCAUGAAGCUUCCCAGCCCUAAUGACAGCAAGUUCUUCCAGAGCCUGCUGGACGAAGAGGACCUGGAUGACUUGAUGGAUGCUGAGGAGUAUCUUGUGCCACGAGGUUUUAGCUUGGCUCCCCCGGCAGGCACAACGAGGCCUCGGGUCGACUCGAACCGAAACCAGUUUGGCUAUCGAGACGGUGGUCCAAGCCCUCCAGAAGGACCUCUGGCAGGUGCCCAGGGUGGUUCCAAUCAGGAGACCACAAGCAGCCAGGGCCCGGCCCUGGAAGAUCAGCGUUGUAACGGAAGCCUACAUAAAAAGAGCCAGAGCCAAGCUGUGGGGGAAGACAGCGGGACCCAGAGGUACAGCGCUGACCCCACCAUCUUUCUCGGAGAGAGAACAUCCCGAGGGGACACGGAUGAGGAUGGCUACAUGAUGGCAAUGAAAGACAAGAACUCCUCAGAGUUUCUGAAUCCAAUUGAGGAGAACCCAUUUGUCUCACGGCGCAAAAAUGGCGAGCUCCACGCCUUGGACAACCCAGGGUACCACAGCACGCCCAACAGUCAGCCCAAAGGAGAGGACGAGUACAUUAAUGAGCCUCUCUACCUCAACACCUUCCACAGCCCCGCCGAUCUGGGUCUGGAAGCUCUGAGGAGAAACGGUCUGCCCUUACCCACCCAGCCUCCUUCCUCCAUCUCAGCCUCAAACUCAGGCUCCCACCUGCCCCUUACAAUCCAGACCAGUCUGGCCCACUACCCCCUCCCAUCAACCCAGGCAUCUCCAUCAGGGAUACCCUGCCUCCACGGUCCAGCGACUCAUAUUCUCCAUGGCCACAGCACCGUCAAACCUGCAGGACAGCCUGGCAAUCCAGGUGGCGGCUCCAUUGCUCCGAGCCAAACAGGAACUUCUGCUCAAGCCCAGGUGAGCCAAUCGGGCUCCCUGUCUACUUCAGCAACCCUCAAGCACAGUAGCUUGCCAGCUUACCAGAGCCACACCACCACACACCCUGCAAGUAUGCUGAAACAUGGCGGGUAUACAUCAGGAAAAGCCAGCGGGAAGAAACUAAAGGUAACCUUUGACAAUCCUGAAUACUGGCAGCACAGCUUGCCUCCUAAAUCAUCAAUCCAGGUGGCUCCCAAUGGAGCCCAGGGGGGCUCCACCAAUGCCAAGCUCUUCUACAAGCAGAACGGACACAUACGACCGGCGGUAGCUGAAAAUUCAGAGUACAUGUCUGAGUUCUCCCUCAAGACCGGCACUGUUUUGCCACCUCCACCCUACAGGCAGCGAAACACUGUGGUCUAGAUCCCUCUCAAGUCUUUCUCUCGCCUCCAGCGACCCCAACACCCUUUUCUGGUUCUACUGUCAGAGGGGGCAACCAAAGCCGUCCUCGACUCUUUCCAGAUAACACGCCAUCUGCUGUAGCAACAUCCCAAAGGAGGUGGACAGGUAGAACCAACUCCAGACACCUUCGCUGUAUCCAGUCCGGUCUAUUUCUGUUCUGUAGAUAGAGACCCUCCGACAGCUCACAGAGACAUGGGGAGAAAAAGCUGCACCGAGGCAGGCACACAACUCUGAAACCUAAAGAACUCAACUUUGGGGUCCUGAACUCACUGCCAGCCACUUUGGUGUCAGAUUUGUAGGUGAAACAAAAAGAUGUAUUAUUUUCUCCUUUUUUUUAAACAUCAUAAAAUCUGAGGAUGAGCAAUAUUCUGCUGAAGGUUUCUGGAAUAAACAGAGCAAAUGCAGUCUGA